GGUGGGCGCGUGCUGUCAUCCACACCUGAUGUCCGUUGAUUACUUGAUGAAACUAUCGUGACUUUUGUUGCUAAAUGUAGCUAUCCAUCGGACAACAUUGGACACCUCCGUUUAUACUCGUGGUAUGCGAACUUAGAAAAGCCGGUGAGAGAAGAAGUUAUUCGGACGUGAUAUCUGGAGACCGGGGGACGUUAUGAAAACUGUUAAAAGCGAUGGAGAGGUGACGGUGGUGUCAGUAAAUCGAUUUACCAGAGAGGUACCUCCCUCUGGGAUGUCCAAGAAUGGGUACUUCUUUCAAGAAAUGGAGCAGCGGGAGGUGGAGCAGGAGGAGGGCAGCGAGGGCCGAGAGGAGGGACAGGACUCGCCGAUCGCCUGCGGAGAUGACAUCCACCUCUAUGACAACCAGAUCAGCCCUGGGCCAGACGCUGACGACUCGGGUUGCGUGUUACUGAACACGUCAAGAAAGUAUGUGAAGCUAAUGAACUUUGAAGAGGAGAUCCGGGCCCACCGGGACCUGGAUGGCUUCCUGGCGCGGGCCACUAUCCUGCUGGAUGAGACCGCUGCCUCCCUGGAUGACGUCCUGAAGAGAAUGCUGCACCACGUGGGCCAGGACAGCAAUGCAUCUGAGCCCAGCUGCAACUUCGAGGAGGUGAUGAGCAUGCUUUUCACAGAUGCAGGAGCACAGGAGGUCAACGACAAAUCUCAAAGUUUCGUUUUCUUUGAUGACGUGCAUCUACUGUCAGAGACCAUCCAGGGAGUGACAGCCACCGCUACCGGGAUCCAGUACCAGCAGUCCUGGCUCUGCAUCCUCUGCAACGUGAAGCAUCUCCAGCGGCGUCAUGUGUGCAUCUCCCGUCUGGAGAGGCCGCAAAACUGGGGGGAAAACUGCUGCGAGGUCCGCUAUGUCAUCCUGAUCCUGGCUCCGCUCAAAAUGAAAAGCACCAAGACAGCGAUGGAGCUGGGCAGGACGUUUGCCACCCUCUUCUCUGACAUCUCCUUCAGGCAGAAGCUGCUGGAGACCAAGACGCAGGAGGAGUUUAAGGAGGCUUUGGUGUUACAGAGGCACCAGCUGACGGCAACCAACCAGCUGCCCACCGCUUUGGGGAAGGAGGAGACCGACCCCCGCAGUCACAAGCCCCUCAAGUGUCAAGAUUUCUUCAAAGCCGGCCGGGGGAUUUAUGAAGACUUCUGUCGCCGACUGCCUUUCUACCCCUCUGACUUCACAGAUGGUAUAGUUGGCAGUAAUAAAACCCUGCUGAAGUACAUGACCACAGCCAUCUUCCUCUACAUCGCCAUCCUCCUCCCCGCCAUCGCUUUCGGCUCCCUCAAUGACGAGAGCACACGUGGUGAGAUAGAUGUUCGGAAGACCAUCAUCGGCCAAAGCAUUGGCGGGGUCAUCUACUCGCUGUUCGCCGGCUCUCCUCUGGUCAUCCCCCUAACCACAGCUCCCCUCGCCAUCUUCAUCAGCGUGAUCCGAGGAAUCUGUGACGACUACAACCUGGACUUCCCAGCUUUCUAUGCCUGCAUUGGUCUGUGGAACUGCCUCUUCCUCAUCCUGGGAGGGAUCUUCAAUGUCAGCCUGCUCAUGAAGCUCUUCAAAAGGUCCACAGAGGAGGUCAUUGCACUGUUUAUUUCCAUCGCAUUUGUUGUGGAUGCAGUGAAAGGCACAGUCAAAAUCUUUCACAGGUACUACCACGCCCCAACGCUGGCUAACGGAAGCAUAGAGACCUUCCCUCAGGGUGCAGACCUGCUCAGGGGAAACCGGAGCGAGUUGGCGGCUGGGUUAGCGCUCAACGCCCUCCCUGAAUCUGUCAUCCAUUGCACUCGAGAGAGGCCCGUCCUCUGCCUUCUGCUGAUGCUAGGGACCUUAUGGAUGGGCUAUACUCUCUACCAGUUCAAACGGAGCCCGUUCCUGCAUGCCAAAGUGAGGGAGGUGCUGUCGGACUGCGCCCUGCCCAUCUCAGUGCUCCUCUUCUCCUUCAUCGGCUCCUACCUUUUCAGUGACAUUGAACUUCCCGUCUUUAAAGUUCACGACCGGCCCGUCUUCAACGUGGCUCCGUUCGAGCGUCUGUCGGCCAUGAACGUGGUCAGCGCCAUGGGCCUGGGAUUCCUCCUGGCCCUCCUCAUCUUCAUCGACCAGAACAUUGUUGUCUCACUGACCAACGCACCGGAGAACAGGCUGCUGAAGGGCACGGCGUAUCACUGGGACCUGAUGCUUUCUGGGCUCAUCAACAUACUGAUGUCGGUGCUGGGGUUGCCCUGGAUGCACGCCGCCUUCCCUCACUCCACCCUCCAUGUGCGCCAGCUGGCUUUCGUGGAGCAGCGUGUGGAGGGGGGCCACCUCUAUGAGACUAUUGUCCAGGUGAAAGAGACCCGGCUGACGUCUCUGACUGCCAACAUCUUCAUCGGUGUGUCGGUGCUGUUACUGCCUCUCCCGCUGCAAUGGAUCCCCAAACCAGUCCUGUACGGCCUCUUCCUCUACAUCGCCCUCACCUCCAUCGACGGAAACCAGAUGUGCGACCGCAUGGCUCUACUCCUCAAGGAGCAGACGUCUUACCCGCCCACCCACUACAUCCGCAAAGUGCCCCAGAGGAAGAUCCACUACUUCACCUUCCUGCAGAUGAUGCAGCUGCUGGUCCUCUGCACGUUUGGCAUGUACCCCAUACCGUACAUGAAGAUGAUCUUCCCUCUGUUCAUGGUCAUGCUAAUUCCAAUAAGGAACAACGUGCUUCCUCAUAUCAUUGAGGCCAAAUACUUGGACAUAAUGGAUGCCCAACACAUGUAGCCGCAGACGGAGACAGGUUCUGGAUCCACUAACAAAGAUGGGGUCUGGAAUUGAGAAAAUGACAAGAAAUGAGGAUUAAAAAACAACAAGAUUUCUUUCAAUGCAACACUGUACGGAAGCAAAAAGGAGAAUAACCGACUGUUUGGAUUUUUGUAUCCGAUGAGAACAUUCUUACAGGUGAAGCACUGGACAUGUGGGAAGUCGCGUGAGAAAGAUGAGAGCUGUUGGAGAUAUUUCCAAACGGGGACAGAGAGCAUCUCUCUGAGGGAAAGUUAUACCGAAGAACAAGAGCGUCCAGAACUCCCUGUGUCACCUCCGUUUGACCUCGUCAGCUUGUUCAGUGCCAUAUAUACCUCCACGUUCUCCUCUCACGCCAUACCAAUAUAAUUACAAUAUCCUUACUGAAGUGUAUUCAUUUGUGUGUUAAGCUAAAAGGACUCUCUAAUACUGUGUUAGUAAUUAAGAAUGCUGCCAGUGUACAUCAUAGAGUACGUAGAAAGGUGUAAUGGCACAAUGUAAGUAUGAACAACAUCUUUUUUUUUUUUACACUUUGCACUCACAUAGUAUUAUUAUUCGGGGAAAUAUUGCAUACUUUGUGUUGAACUUAAAUACUUGUUUCUGUGGCUGAAUUAGCUGGUGAGAGCAAAGAGCACUGCAUUCAUGCCACUGCAAAGUAAACCUGUACUUUUUGUAAUUCUGUCAUUGUGCAGUGUUAAAACCUUUACAUUCCUGCACCUUUUAGCUGUGAUCCCCCUUUUUCUACGAAGGACCCUUGUGCCCGGGCAUAUUUAGUUUCUGAGUCAUUCCAGCAAAUGUCAGUGUUCAUCAAGGGGUGCGUGUGUGUGUGUGUUUGUAUGUGUGUGGCAGGGGGUGUGUGUUUGUUUGUGUGUGUGUGUGUGUGUGUGUGAAAGACUAGUCUGUCCGUCUAGCUUAAUGCCAGCUCUUUAGAGAAGCUUAUUUUUAUGAUGGAGUUUAAUUUACUCAGCCAAAUAAAAAACAUUCCACAGGUAUUUAUUACAUACAUAUGAGAAUUAUUUAGAACGACAGCACAAACCAAAUCAUCUAGUAAAAUUGUUAUCAAAUUAUGAAUAUAUUAGAAUAUACUAUGGCAAUACAAGAAACCGACUUUUAGGUUAAAUUCAAAUAAAAUAUUUAUUUAUCACAAUGACAGUUUAUCUUUUAAGUACAACAUAAGAAUUGUAAAUGUUUCUCCCUCACUGGAAAGUGGUUUGUAAUUGUCCGUUUGCUCCUUUACAUUCCACAGUCACUGGUUCUUGUCGUCUUACAUCUGGCUUUGGCGCAGUGUUAACAUAUCAACGUCCCUUCCAGCUCCAUGUCAAAGUCCAACACAGUUCUGGUGCAUUGCUAGAGAAGAUGAAAGGCAGGUAAAGGUACAAAAAUAAAGAGAAAGAACGCAUUUGUGAGCUUUGGAAUCAACAAAAUGCAUCUCUUUUUUUAUUUUUAUUUUUGUGAACCAAUAUUCAAAGACGAGUUUUAGAAUAAUCUGGUUUUGUUUCAUAUUUAGAUGUUAUGAUUAGACCAAUGCUUGCAAAUGUUGUCAUGUAACAAUCCAGACGUCUGGAAAGAUUAUCUUAUCUACAGAACAAAAAGAACAAAAAAAAAAGAAAAUUUCUAAGCGAGCUCUGGUUUGCUUGAAGCAUGACUCAUCUGGGUUUUUGAUACAAUGGGAUGCCAAUGACUUGUAUCCUAAGAUUAUUAAAAAAAGUAGCAAGUCAAAACCGUAACUUCUCCAUAAACCGAAUGCAACACUCAAUAUUCAGCAAUACUGUGUAUAAAAA